GCUUGAAGGGGGAGAGGGGGUAUUCACAAAGAGACUUUGGCACAGUGAAUACACUCUGCACAGUGCUACCGAGGCUCUGCAGAGGACAGGAAGGCGGGAGUGCCAUUUGACUGAAGCAGGUAGUUGACCAGUCUCCUCCACCCUAUAACAAUGCGCCUGGCAGCUCUCUUGCUGGUGGGUUUCCUGCACCUCACGUCGGCCCAAGAACGAGACCCAUUUUCCUGGCUGCAUCCCAUGGCUGCACUGCAAGCUGACAACACUGGAGGAGACUGCCCGGCCGAAUGUGACUGCCCUCCAACUUUUCCCAUCGCCAUGUACUGUGACAGUCGUGGACUUAAGCAGAUGCCCUACAUCCCAUCCCGCAUGAAGUACGUCUACCUGCAGCACAACCAGAUCACAUCGGUGUCGAACGACGCCUUUGGGAAUGCCACCAACCUUGUGUGGGUCAUGCUGCAUGAAAACCACAUUGGCACAGUGGGCAAGAAUGCUUUCGCCAACCUAGCCAAGCUGGACCGGCUCUAUCUGAGCGGCAACAACCUAACCGAAGUUCCUGCCAGCUUGCCUCGUACUCUCCGUGACCUUCGACUCAACCACAACAAAAUCGCCAAGGUGCAGUCCAGUGCCUUCGAAGGAAUGGACAACUUGACCAUCCUGCUUCUGAAUGACAAUGCCAUCAAUGACAUGAGCGGGGCACUAAAGGGCCUCAAAUCCCUUACACUGCUGGACAUCAGCAACAACCAGUUGAAGAAGGUUCCAGAAGGUCUCCCAGGCAUGCUGCACCAGCUCUACCUCGGCUUCAACGCCAUCGAUGCCAUCCCGGAUAACUUCCUCAACCGCUUCUCCAACCUGCAGUAUGUGCGCUUCUCCCACAAUGAACUCACGGACAAGGGCAUCCCAGCCAACACCUUCAAUGUGAGCGGCCUGGUGGAACUGGACCUGUCCUUCAAUAAGCUUGAGAGGAUCCCUCCAGUCAGCACCAGUCUGGAGCACCUCUACCUACAGGCAAACCAGAUCAAAGAGUUUACCCUGGGCAGUUUCUGCAGCGUGGUGGACGUGAUGAACUUCUCCAAGCUGAAGGUCCUGCGUUUAGAGGGCAACGAGAUCAGUCGCAGCGACAUCCCGUCCGAAUCGUCCAUGUGCCUCCGCCUGGCCUCAGACAUUGCCCUGUAACUGCAUAAAGUGGGAGACAGGGGGCAGCCUCACCUCUGCUUCACACUUCCCUUUGCUUAUUUUUUCUUUAGUUACGUUCCAAAGCCUAGGCUGCAGUCGAGGAGCAUGGGGACGGAGUGUUGGUAGGACUUUCUUUUGAAGAUUCCUUCCCAGUAGCCUAUUAUUAGGUUAAUUGGUUACACAUAUGAAACAGCCCAACAAUGGUUAAUGGGGGGGUGACUAAAAAACAUGGUCACAUGAUGGCAAUUUUAAUUUUCAGUUUGUCAUUAAAUAUUAUAAGUUGAGACAAGCUUACCAAUGUCGUAGGUCUUUGACUGGGGUCAUCUGAGAUGCCCGAGUCCCAGUGGGGCUGAUUGCGCUUCACCUUAGCAAGCCUAGUCAUUGAGAUGGUAAAAUUAUGCCUUUCAGUGGUCCUACUGGACAUGAUUUGCUUUUCCUUUCAUUAGAUAUGCAAGUUGGAUCCAAAAUGGAGGGUGGUCAGGUCUGUAUUACACCAAAAUUACUUCUUUUUUAAGUUCUUACUCCAUUGUUUGCUCACAGGUGACCCCUGCCGUUUUAGUCUUCUCCUUUCUUGUCGUACGUGUACAAUUAACUGUGGUUAACCAAGGGAUACACAAAGGAUACAUCAGUUGCGUCUCCCAAUUACUAACGUGGCGUUUCUCAGCUACAUAAAGAAGGGUCCUUCACUUACGAACAGCUUUCUUUGACGUAGCAUCCCAGAAAUGUAGCUGACCUCAGUUGCAGCCUAGGCUUUGGAACAGAUCUCUUAAAUGUUAAAUGUUGUCCAGAAUAUUCCUGCAUUGGUUCAUGACCUGUUUUGCUAUUAAUUUGUUAAUUGUUUUUGUUUGUUCAGUGCUUUAUGUUGAUGUAUAUUUCUGUUUUAAUGUGUAUCAAAAGGUCUGUGGUUUGUACUUAUGUAUGUUCUGUGCAAAAGUGGCCUCUUUUCCACUGCACUCACAAACUGGCAUGAGACUUUUGGCUAACCAUACUUGGUGCCACAGAACGGUUUGAUGGGGGCUCUUUAAGAGAUAAAGAUCCGCUAAUUGGCUAGCCAGAUUGUGCUAAUGUUACAGUAGUGAGGUUGGGUUAGACAGGCAAUGAUGCGGGAUGUUUACAGUUCAACCAAAAGAACUUGGAGGCAAGCAUACAAAAGAAAAAUGUAUUAUUUUUGACAACAACAAUUUUACUAGAAGCAAUAACUAAAGUAGAAGUCUUUGACUUAAUUAUUAUAGUCUUAGGCUUAAGCCCCGUCAUCACCUCAGGUCUUGUAGCAUCUGGACCUGAAGACACAGAGCCAACCCCCCUGAUAACAGGAAGGGAUGGGCAGGAUGGAGAUAAAAGGCAAAACAUUAGAAUCUAAAAUCAGCAAAAAUUAUUAGAGGUAUUAGAGUCCGUUUAGCAAGUUGCACCUUGUCCAUUACUUCUGGUAGCCAUCAAAACAAUAUACUUGUAUUUGAACCAGAUCGUUUUAAUGCAACACUUUUUGUACCUUUACAUGUUUGUGAUGUACAGUUGUGUGCAAAAGUCUUAGGCCUAUGAGAAAAUGCUUUGGAAAUUUAAUAUGUAAUUCUAUGCAUUGUUUUAAAAAAAGCUGACGUUAGAAUAAAUACAAAUAAACAAAAUUUUGAUUUCACCUAGAUAUUUAUAAUUAGUGGGACCUAACAAGUAUAAAACAUUGUUGUUUUUGCAAAAAACAAUGUCCUUAUAUGGAUGUAAUAGUUUAUUUUAUUCUAUUUUUUAUGUUUAAUGAUUUUACAAGCAAAAAAAUAAUAAUUUUUAGUGUUACAAUAUUCAGUAUAGUCCUAAGACUUUUCCACUGUACUUCUGUUUCUUGUGUAUGUAAUAUGUAUGUAAUGUAGUAUGGGUGUUUUUUUUUUUUUUUUUCAAUAUUUGUCAUUGUUUAUUGCAUUUGCGUGGUCUAGGUGUUGGAUGCAUGGACAGUGUGUAUGUCUACUGCUAUUGCCAAUGUCACUGUCAACAGUAAUUGUGAUCAGUCAGUCGGUUCAUGUUUUCUGGUCAGCUUUAGGUGCGCUCUACCUGGACACACUACCUGGGUGUGUAGGUGCUCACACAGGUGUGGGUGCUCAGGUGUAGCAGGUGAACAAAAAUGCUGUGAGUAUUUAUUUGGUCUGCAGGCCGGGGAGAAUUGGGCCUGAGGGCACAGCUGGUUAAACUUGUGCUCCUUUUCAUUUCCUUAAUUUUUUUUUGUUUUUGUGUGUUCAGUUCAGAUGUGUACUUUUAAGAUGUGUCCUUGCAAGUGUAUUUACUGCAUGUUACGAAUUAUAAAAGACUAAGGUCCUGAUGUUUUUGACAUGUCCGUGACCUUUAAAACAGAAGUUAAUAAAAGUAAUAUGUAUUUUAAUAGGAAAAA